AAAAUGGCGGCCAUUCACUUAAUUAGCUUCGAGCUAACAAUGCAGUGAGAGGAGCUGCAUAAUUAAAGUGGUGUUUGGCAGAGGUGGGGCUUGCAGUCCACCUGCCUUAAGGCAGAUAGAAAGGAUAAUCAAAGAAUUCUGAAGUUUUCCCACUGCAAUUGGGCCAUUAUUGGGAAAAGUGGAGGAAGUUUAUCAGGGUUUUAAAUUAAGGUCUUUUGGCUGAAGAACUAGCCCUCUGGCUAACUGUUUUACUGGAAGUAUUGAGACCAAACACGGCUGCCUAAACGACUGUUUGAGGUCCUGCUCUGAAUUUCUUCAGCCUGGGAAGAGCCACCCAGUACCCUCUCUGAUUGGACUGGGUAGUUUGUCUUGACGCACCACUGUGCUGAGUGCUGGAGGACGUGUUUCAACAGAUGGUUGGGGUUAGUGUGUGUCAUCACAUUGGAGAACGGAUUAGAGGAGGAAGGUUGUCUUCCAGGAGCAGUGUGGUCCCCACAAACACUCUGAGGAGCUCAAGAGUGAACAACCCACAGCGAGAGAGAUCAACUCCAUGAGCAAGACUGAUAUCCAGAUUAUCUUGUGAGGAUUCCAGCCUUCUGAUUUGUGUUCGGACGCCCCGGUCUGCAGUCCCAUGAUGCAGCUGGUGAAUCUAGCUUGGAUGAUGGUCCUGGCUGCCCCACUGGUCUGCUUUGGUUUCACCACCCGCGGUCAGGGCCUGCGUGGGCGGGUUCAAGGUGACCGCCGAAACAUCAGACCCAACAUCAUACUCAUCAUGACAGAUGACCAGGAUGUGGAGUUGGGCUCAUUGCAGGUGAUGAACAAAACUCGCAAGAUCAUGGAGGACGGUGGAACGUCAUUCACAAAUGCGUUUGUAACUACUCCCAUGUGCUGUCCAUCACGCUCUUCCAUGCUGACUGGGAAGUAUGUCCACAACCACAACACGUACACCAACAAUGAGAACUGUUCCUCGCCUUCAUGGCAAGCUCAGCAUGAGCCACGCUCCUUUGCCGUUUAUCUCAACAACACUGGAUACCGAACAGCUUUCUUUGGGAAGUACCUCAAUGAGUAUAACGGCACCUACAUCCCACCUGGGUGGCGUGAAUGGGUGGGGCUGAUCAAAAAUUCCCGUUUCUAUAAUUACACCGUUUGUCGGAACGGGAACAAGGAGAAGCACGGCGCAGAUUAUGCCAAGGACUACUUUACUGAUUUGAUAACCAACGACAGCAUCAACUACUUCCGAAUGUCCAAGCGCAUGUACCCGCAUCGGCCGGUGAUGAUGGUGAUCAGUCAUGCAGCACCUCAUGGCCCAGAGGAUUCAGCACCCCAGUACUCCGAGCUCUUCCCAAACGCUUCCCAGCACAUAACUCCCAGCUAUAACUACGCACCAAACAUGGAUAAGCACUGGAUCAUGCAGUACACCGGCCCAAUGAAGCCAAUUCACAUGGAGUUCACCAACUACCUGCACAGGAAGAGGCUCCAGACGCUGAUGUCUGUAGAUGACUCGGUGGAGAAGAUAUAUAAUGCUCUGGUCGACACUGGGGAGCUGGAUAAUACCUAUAUCAUUUACACAGCUGACCAUGGUUACCACAUUGGCCAGUUUGGCCUAGUCAAAGGGAAGUCUAUGCCGUAUGAUUUUGACAUCAGAGUGCCGUUUUUUGUCAGAGGUCCUAAUGUGGAGCCUGGGGCAAGGAACAACCAUCUUGUGCUAAACAUUGAUCUAGCACCCACAAUCCUAGAUAUAGCUGGCCUGGACACUCCACCCGAUAUGGAUGGCAAAUCUAUCCUGAAGCUUCUGGAACAGGAUAAGACUGGAAAUAGAUUCAAACCCAACCGGAAACCCAAAGUCUGGAGGGACACAUUCCUCGUGGAGCGGGGUAAAAUCCUGCGCAAGAAAGAUGACUCAGGAGGCAACUUGAAUACACAACACUCCAACAGCUUACCCAAGUACAAGAAGCUGAAGGAAGUGUGUCAGCAGGCUGAGUUUCAGACGCCCUGCGAACAACCAGAACAGAAAUGGCACUGUGUGGAGGAGGUCAGUGGGAAGUUGCGUUUACAGAAGUGUAAGGGCUCUCUGAAGGAGGGAUCCAAGAAAAGAGCGAGGAGCCUGCGCUCUCGAAGCUACGAGAGCCGCGAGAAAGACUGCCACUGUGGAGAACGGCCUUACAAAGCGGCCAAGGCAGCGCGGCGGGCACACAGACAGUUUGGCCAGAGCGGUAAUCCGCGCUACAGACCUCGCUUUGUGCACACGCGGCCGGCCAGAUCCCUGUCAGUGGAGUUUGAGGGUGAAAUCUAUGAUGUGGACCUGCAGGCCGAUGACAAAACCCCUCUUGAGCCUCGACCAAUCAGCAAACGGCACUAUGAGCCUGAGGGAGGUACUGAUUCGGACUUUGGGCUGGAGUCUGAUGACGGAUCGGAGGAGAUGCAGUCGGAUGACACUAAUGCUGUGGGAUACCCCAUUUCUCUCAAAGUCACACAUAAGUGUUUCAUAUUAAUGAAUGACACUGUGCGCUGUGAAAGAGAGAUUUAUCAGUCUUCCAGAGCGUGGAAAGACCACAAGAACUUUGUGGACCAAGAGAUUGAACUUCUCCAAGAUAAAAUGAAGAAACUGCGUGAGGUUAGAGGUCAUUUGAAGAGGAGGAGACCAGAUGAGUGUGACUGUGGAAAGAAGAGUUACUUUAGCAAAGAGAGAGAGCAGAAAAACAAACCUGAAAGAUUGAAGAAUAGGAAUGACCACCUCCAUCCCUUUAAAGAGGCUGUGCAGGAAGUGGACAGCAAGGCUCAACUCUACAACGAGAUUCGCCGCAGGAAGAAAGAGAGGAAGGAGAGGAAGAGGCAGAAGAAGGGUGACGACUGCAGUCUUCCUGGCCUCACCUGCUUCACACAUAAUAAUGACCACUGGCAGACCGCCCCCUUCUGGAACUUGGGCGGCUUCUGUGCCUGCACAAGCUCUAACAACAACACAUACUGGUGUCUGAGAACUAUUAAUGACACUCACAACACACUCUUCUGUGAAUUUGCAACUGGCUUCCUGGAGUAUUUUGACCUAAACAGUGACCCGUACCAGUUAACCAACGCAGUUUAUACAGUGGAGAGGGACAUUCUGAGCCAAUUGCAUUUACAGUUGAUGGAAAUGAGGAGCUGUCAAGGCCACAAACAGUGCAACCCCAGACCCAAAAGCUCAGAUGCAGGGGACUGUGAUUCCAGCAGCCUAGCAAUCAUAUCAUCUCAUAGUUUUGCAUUUUUUCCCAUUCCUGGUGAAUACCAGGCUAGAUGAAUGGCUCCUGUGAAAGUAUUGUGCCAAAAGAGAUUAUUUAUUUUAUAUUUAUAGGUGUAAGAACCUGUUUGUGCUCCGUGUAAUUUUGAAAAUCUAAAAUUAUAAACGUAUACUGACACACAUUCUUCUCUGAGUGUUUUUUUUUUUUUUUUUAAAUAUAUUUUUGCAGUGGAAAUUGUGGUUGUUAAAAUCUAGCAGGGAUUUUGUCUUUAUUCAUUACUGGGAAGGAGGAGGUCUCUAUAACAUUGGGUAAUUGGCUGUAUAAAACCUGCUGUCAUCACUGAGAUUUUCACUAUUCUGAAAACCCUAUGAGGAAAGACUGACUCAUCAUAAUGACAUCAUAACGUCCAGUUAUAAAUGCUACUGAUAUGAUUUGCAAUAUGCAAUAUUUUUUUAUUUAUACAAGUUGUCAUAGCUUUUCAACAUCUAAAUCAAUGUGGUCAGCACCUGUGUUUUCCAAUGGUUUUGAUUUGUAAUAAACACACAAUCUAAAAUCGAUAACUUUCCCAAAAAUAAAUGGUGAGCAUGUACUCAUACGCAUGUUGUUUCAGAUCCGUAUAACUGACUUUGUUCCGUUGAAACAAAAAUAGGAUUUACAACUUAGUAAUGUAACAAAAUAUCAGAUGCAUGUAAUACAUAUUAGUCUGCAUGUUGGCAUAUUCUCAUGUUAUUUGUGACCUUAUGUCAUUCAACACUGUUAACGUAAAGCCGUCAUGUAACAUUCGUUCCAUUCUUAACACUACACUUCCUUACCAUCUUUUUCUUCAGGACCAUCAGAGGAUUUUCCUCAUUUAUCUUUUAAAUCAUUAUUCCUUUAUUGUGUCUUUUAACAAUACCUCUCCUCAGGAGCUGAGGGUUAUGCAUGAAGAUCUGCAAUGUGAUUUAAUUAAUUUUUUUUUAAUCACAAUAGACAUUUA